UCCCCGACCCUUCGGUCGCCGGCGUCCCGGUGGUGGUGGUCUCGUAUCUCAGUGGUAGCGGAAGGAAGAGUGCUUGCUUGGUUACUUGCUAGCGUAGCUGCUUGGUUGGUUGGUUUGGGGGCGUGCGUUGGAGAGGCGGGAUGGAGAGUAAGGGAGGGUGCUGCCUCGCGCCGAGGUACGGCGCCGCCGCGUGGCAGAUGGGGAGGAUCAUGCUCAAGUUCAGGCCUAUUGCGCCCAAGCCGGCGGCGAUGGCGCCCGUCCCGACCCCGGCGCCUGUGCCGGUGACAGCGGCGGGUGCGGGGGCAGGGAGGGGGAAGCGGAAGGCCGUGGGCGGUGGGGGGAGGAGGGGGCGGAAACCCAAGAGGGCGGCGACUGUUGCGCCGGUAGUUGCUGCUCCUGCGGCGGCGGGGGACUGCAGGAAGGACAAGGACUGCGACAAGGAGAAGUCGCGGUCCCGGUCCUCGUCCUCGUCGGGGAUGACGUCCGUGGACUCGUCGCCGCCUCCGCCUCCGCAGCAGGCGCGGCAGCCGGCGACGCUGCCGCUCAUGCCCGUGUCGCCAGUGGAGGAGAAGCCUGCCGUUGCUGCUGCGACGGGGGAGCCGGCCCCGGUGGCGUCUAUGGCGCCCGCGCCCGCCGCGGGAGCACAGCCGGUGCCUCCGCGGCCGGUGCUCCUUCCCGCUGCGGCGGCUUCCUCCUGGGUGACUGUGGAGGAGGUGACCGCGACGUGGCGCGACGGGGAGGAGGCGCCGUCCUCCGCGGCCGCCGACGCCCCGGCGUUCGUGUCGGACCAGUGGGGCCGCGUGACGUGGACUAACGCCGCGUUCGCCCGGGCCGUGUCCGCGGACGGCGACGAGGAGGCGCGGGCCGUGGGGCUCGCCGGCGCGCUCCCGGCGUGGGGCACCUGCGCGGGGUUCACCUGCCGGGUGCGCGUCGUCCGGCACGCGAGCAGCGCCACCCCGCGCCGCGGCGGCGGCGGCGGUGGCUCCUCCGUGGUGGCGCCCUGCGACGUGUGGCGGCUGGACGCCGGCGGCUGCUACCUCUGGCGGCUGGACCUGCAGGCGGCGCUCACCCUCGGCGGCCUCCCCCACUACAGCUAGGCAUAGCACAGCCAUCCGAACCGGAGUACGUGUCCCUCGUACGGGGGCGUAUUUUAUCUAGCAAAUCGAACCAUGGGUUUGUUUACUGAUUCAACCCGGCGUAUUGCCAACCGGGUCGGGCCCAAUUAAGCAUGUCGAGGCCAGAUUAGGUAUACUAAUUAUGGAUUAUUAGAUUAGGUAUACCAAUAUAUAUUCACAGAUGUAUAUUGUCAUCUAUAGCUUAUGGUCCUAAUUCAACAAGCCCAGCAACCAAGCCAACAUAGGAAUCGCUCCCUCCCUGUCUCUGCGUCCCCGAGGCCCCCCUCCGGCCGCUCCCCUGCCGUCCGCGCCCCAGCCUCCGCCUCCGGCCACCGGCCUCUGCCCAGCCCCAGCUCCCCAGCCCCAGGCACUAGCAACGCAGCGCCCCAGCCCUAGCAGGCGAGCGCCACAGCCAGGCAUCCAGGGGCAGCGAGCGCCCCUGCACCUGCACCAGGCAUCAGCGCGGCAGCGCAGCGCCCCGGCCCCAGCGGCCAGCGGCGCCGAGUACUGCUCCACUGACCAGUGCUCCACGCCUCCACCUCGGCCUUUCAAUUCAAGCAAGCCAGUAGCUCAGCAAGGUAAGAUGAACACUCUGGAUCCACAUCCAUCCAAUCAUCGGUGAACUAUACAAGAUUUCCUUUUUUUAAUUUUCGAUUGUGUUCUUAAUUUUUAUAAUGUAGAUGAAGAAAAAGGAUUGUAGGGUUAUAUUGUAGUAUCCUUUACUAUUUUAUAAUAUUUUUUAAUUAUUCAUGUUUGUACUUUGGUUAUUAUUAUGGAUUUUCUAUGACCAUUAUAAUUUAUGAUCUAUUAUAUUGUGUAUUAGCUUCAAUUUUUUUAUAUUUGGCAUAUUCAGCUGCAAAUUUUUGGAUCCGCCACUCUUGAGUGAGUGAGUUGCAAUUACAAGAACCUGCAAGUGUAAGAAGAAGAAACCAAACCAUGUGAUGGAUGAAGCUUCUGGAUGUGCAAGCAGCUAGCUCUUUUAUUCUAUUUUAUUUUGCUUGAUUUGAUUCUCCCCCCAAAUGUAUGGAGGUUUCGAAUUUGAUAUGUGUGUGGAGGCUUACGAUAAACUAAUCCAAUUGAUUACACUAGUGGUGAUUCAAUCA